AUGUUCAGUGGCUCUUAUAUCACCAACUUAUGCAACCUGCUCGUCAUGGUUUAUCUCCUCCCCUUCCAUGUCCUCAUGCCCGGCCUCAUAGUCUUCAUCCUCAUCAACAGACGCAUCGUCAUCAGAGUAGUCCUCCGCCCCGUGAAACUCCGCCCUUACAUCUGGAAUGAUCCUCAGCAGGUGGUGCUUCUUCCAAUCCCUCUUGAGCGGCCCUCCACUCCCUCUAUCGGGUUGUCAGGAGUGGACUGCACGGGGGUCAUAGAGCGGCCAUGCACCGAGAGAGCAAGAGUGUCACACUCUUGCCGACGGAUUGGCGCAGAAGUUGUCCGGCCGACGGGGACUGAGCGUGGGGCCAACGUGGGGCUGAACGUGCCAGCGGUGGAGGUGCGCUUCGAGGACGUGAACGCCGAGGCGGGCGUGUACGUCGGCAUGCGCGCGCUGCCCACGUUCCUCAACUUCACGCGCAACUCCCUCGCCGCGGCGCUGCGGUCGCUGCGCGUGGUGCCGGACUCGCGGCGCCCGUAUCCAAUCCUGCACGGGUGUUCAGGCGUGCUGCGGCCGGGCCGCAUGACGCUGCUGCUGGGGCGGCCAGGCGCCAGCAAGUCAACGCUCAUGCAAGUGCCAGCAGGCUGCCCCGACAAGUCGCUCAAGGUGUCGGGCAGCGCGAACUAUAAUGGGUAUGUUUUUAGCGAGUUCGUACCAGAGCGCACAGUAGUGUGCAUGCCGCAAAACGACAAGCACAUCGGCAAGAUGACCGUCUGGGAGACCCUCGACUUUGCCGCGCACCUGCAGGGCCGGUGGCUCAGGAAAGACCUAGUGGCGGAGCUAGAAAAGCGAGAGGGGGAGCAGGGCAUUGUGCCCUACCCCACUAUGGACGCCAUCACGAAGGCAAUGGCGCUGGAGGGCAAUCCCACCAACGUCAUCACAGACUAUGUGCUCAAGGUGAGGAUGGUAGUGAGGUGA